AUGGUCGCGCGACGCACGAGCAGCGGCGCCGGGUUCGUCGUCGGCGCGCGCCCCGACGGCGUCGGCGGCGUCUUCAAGCGCGCGGACAUGUACGCGAAACUCCCGCGGGAGCUCGCGGAAGGGUCCGUCCUCGGCGGCGUCCUGAGCGUCGUCUUCCUGUGCGUCUUCGUCCUCCUCUUCGCCGCGCAGCUCCGAGAGCUCUGGGGCGUCACCACGGUCACGGACGUUCUCGUGGACCACAGCGACGACGACACGUUCCAGGUGAACCUCAAGCUCGAGCUCCCGGCGCUGUCGUGCGAGUGGGCGACGAUACACGUCAUCGACGCGCUCGGGACGAGGCACUUCAACAUCUCCGGCGAGGGGAUCUACAAGCACAGCGCGGGGGCGACGAAGUACCUCGGCGUGGAGCACGGCGCGAGCGGCGGAAGCGCGUCGCAGGCGCGUCUUCGCCACGCUCUCCUUCUUCGUUUUUUUUCUCCGAGCCGCGCAGCUCAUCCUGUCAUCGACAUCGAAAACCAAAAAACUCUUCUUCAGGCGGAACCCGAGUACGGAGAGUCGACGGACAUCGACCACUACGGGAACGCGCGCAUCGCGUACGAGGUCACCGGCGCGACGUUCGAACGCAUGGUCCGCGCGCACCAGGUCCUCCUCGUCAACUUCCACGCGCCCUGGUGCGCGCACUGCCAAAAAACCGCGCCGAUAUUCGAACACGCGGCGGAGCUCGUUCGAGACGACUUACGCGCCGCCGGCCGCCCGAGGCUCGCCGCGGCGCUCGCGACCGUGGACUGCACGCUGGAUGGGAACAAAGAUCUCUGCAGAGACCAACAUAUCCAAGCGUUCCCGACGAUGCGCGUGUACCGAGCCGGGUCGCUGCACCCGACGUCGGGGACGGUGCAGGGCGGGACGCUCGCGCCGAGCGGCGGCGCCGCCGCCGCCGCCGCGGACGCCGCCGAGAGCGACCUCUCGACCGUUCUGGACGUCCCGAAGCCGCUGCAGUUCGAGGUGUACCACGGCCGCAGGGACGCGGAUGACAUCGCGAGUUUCGUGCGGAAGGUGCUGGUCGAAGUGCUCGCGACGAAGGACGACGACGAGGGAGAGGGAGCGCUCGACGCGGCGGCGGCGCGGCGGCGCGCGAGCGAGACGCGCACCGUCGCCGCCGCGCAACGCGCGCUGGGCGGGCAGGCGCGCGCCAUUCGCACGAGCGGCUGCAUCAUCGAGGGCAGCGUCCGCGUGAACCGCGUCCCCGGCGCCUUCUACGUCACCGCGCACAGCAAGGGGCACAACAUCAACGUCGACGUGGUGAACAUGACGCACGUGCUGAGGCACCUGUCGUUCGGGAAGACCGUCCCGGGACGGCCGUCGUACGUUCCGCGGCACAUGCGUCGGGUGUGGAGCAAAAUCCCGAAGGACAUGGGCGGUCGGUUCGCCGUCGCGGGCGCGGAGGAGACGUUCGCGUCCGCGGAGCCGUACACGGUGCACGAGCACUACCUCAAGGUCGUGUCGCACGCGUUCGAGCCCAUCGACGGCGACGCCGUGCAGCUGUACGAGUACACGUUCAACUCGAACCGGUUUAAGCUCGCGCCGGCGGCGUACGGGGACGAGGACGACGCGCACGUGGACGGGCCGAUGAUUAAGUUUUCAUACGACGUCUCGCCGAUGCGGGUCGUGCUCAGGGAGGAGACGAAGCCGGUGCUCGAUUGGACGUUAGGGAUGUGCGCGCUCAUGGGCGGGGUGUACACGUGCAGCGGGUUGCUCGAGGCGUUCAUAUCCAACGGCGUCAGCGUCGUGAAGCGACGCGUCGGGAAGAUGGCGUGA